AUGUUUGUGAUAGAAAUUGCAUUUUGGUCUGUGUUUGCAAGAUUAUUAAUCUUGAAUGGAAUACCUGGAACUCCUGCUUUUAGGCUUUAUUUGGAAUAUUGUGUUCACUAUUGGGAUCCUUACCUUAAAAAGAGCAUUGAAUUGUUGGAAAGGGCUCAAAGAAAUGUUAGUGGGAUAAUACCUGGAAUGGAAAGGUACCAUUCAUACGUACUCAGUAGUGAUGGAGAAUUAAAGCUGCCUACAGAAACUCCUAUCCAGUUUGAAGCUUUGGUAGAAGAGUCAGCAAAUGUAACCUGGACUGUGUCAUCGUCAUGUCAGAUAAGCAAUAUAAACUCUAUAAAGACAGACAUAACAUGUUUCCAGUAUGGUACUGGUAUUGUCUCUGUAUCACUGAAAGUUAAGGGAGAAAAUUAUACUGAAGAAGUAACAAAAAAUUUGCAGAUUAAAAGGUUUCACGAAUGUUAUAUCUGGAAGUAUUCAGUGGAACCCCCAAAAACCUUUGUUGGAACUUUUAGUUGGGCCCGUGGUCAUCUUGGGAUAAUGAAAAUUUGGAUUGUGAAUCAGUUGAAAAGGCAUUUAGGUCAACAGCAAAAAGAAAAAUAUUGUUACCUGGCAAAGCUUUUCUUCAACCAAGGGAUUCACCCCAAACUAAUGAAAAGAACAUAUGGACAUAUGGAUUAUUAUCAAGAUUUGGGGAGAAUAGAGUUUGAUCAUGAUUGCUGUUGCUGGAAAUUGCCAAUCAGCUUAAAGGAAGAGAAAGACAUUCAAGUGCAUUUGCGUUUGACAUAUGAUGAGCCUAUAGCCUUUUAUAACUGCUUUAUAGCUGAUACCAACAUAUUCAUUAACAGAUGGGCAUUGGUUAACGAUGAUGAAGAUAGAAAUCCUAUAAAAAACAGUGAAUUUCAGAAACCCAAGCUGUUCCAGAACCCUUGCUCUCGUCACAUGGCAGUUAUUGUAACCAGUGAUGAAUCUUGGAUUACACAUGAUGGGUUUGAAACUAUUGAACCUUUUUAUUUGCCUAAGAAAGUGGGAGAAAACAAAACUUUCAGAAAUCUAGCAUUUAUGGAAGGAGCUGGGGCAUUACUCUUAGAUAACAGUAUUGUGAUGAUAGUUGAGAACUAUGAUUCGGCAGUAAUUUCAGUUUUAAAUAAUCUUUUCAAUGGACUCCAGAUUGAAGGAAUGAAAGGGAGAGAAAAGUGUAAACCAGGACAUUUCAUUAAUGUAAAAAAUACUAAGUUCUUAAUAUGGGCAGAGGAUAAAAUAUAUUUAAUAGAUACAGAAAAAUCCAUUAUUGAAAAGGACAGGGUCAUUAAGUUUAAUGAAGCUGAUGUUACUUACAAUACCAUCACUGUUGAAGAAUCUAAAAUCCACGAUGAAUCAGAAAAACAACAUAAUACAACUGAAGAUGACACAGUUUCCAAAUGUGUUGUACAGUUGAUCCUUGAUCUUCAAAACGUUUCAAAUACGUCAGGUGGAUUUCAGCCUGCAAUUCAACAAACACUUAGUACUUUAAACAGAGAUAAUUUCAUUUUACUGACUUCUAACGAGAUGUUUUAUGGCAACAUCAUGUUAUCGGAUGUCCUUGAGAUUGGAAGAUGGGUGAAAACAUCAUCAGAUGCAAUCUUGUGGAUGAAUCCUCUUCAAUGGCUUUUUGUACUAGAAUAUGAAAAUGGUUCUAUUACUAAGAACCAAUAUCCAUGGAAAUCUGAAUUUCUGAGUGCUAUGUAUUCAACAUACCACUGUCCAUUCUUGCAUUUCAUCCACAACAUCAGUUCCCACAUCUAUUAUCUUGAAGUUGAUGAAGAAGUGAUUUUUAAGGUUCAGCUAGUUUAUAAACAGCAAGACACCAACAGUAUUCAGAUGACAAAACAAGGUGCUAGUUUUCUUAUUAUUGAUGUUGAAGAAGACCGAGCAUUAUUCCCAUAUCAGAAGAUUACAUCUAAGAUUUUCAGGUUUAAACACAUUCACCAUUGGACUCAUGUUGGACGAGGUAAAGCAUAUGCAAGAAUGGAAAUUAGGCCAGAGCAUGUGACAGUUGGUUGUCCUUCUCCAACUUCUGUGGUUUUCUCAAUCUCAGAUAAUUGCCCACCUGACAGGAAGAUUUCUCUUCGAAUGCCAAAAUCAUCGUGUGAACCAUUCACUACAUUUUACAUACCCAAAAAUGUUUUGAAUGACCCUGAAGCAAUUACUAAAGUGAGCAGCACAGAGAAUGAGGUUGAAGUGCUCUAUCCUUGGAAUGAUCUAGGAUGUCCAGUGAGGGUAAAAUACAAUGAACAUUUUCUACCCAUCUUGGAUGUUUAUGAUGGCGAUGAGUUUAUUCGGACUGUAGGAAACAAUUUCGUCAUUUUUGAAGAGUUUGGACAGAAUGAUUAUACCUACAAUACUACUCUAGCACAGGUUGGUUGUUGGAGUGAACUCCCAGACAUUUUAACUUUACAUGAAGAAAACAAAAGUCCCAAAGAUUUAAAAACAAAGGCCUUUCCAUCAUGCUUUGAGCAUGCUAGAAACAUACAAAGCGAGGAUGCUUUGGAUGCUCCCUACUACCUUCUCAAUGGUACUGGAAUUUCUGCUCUGAAAUGGCCCCAGGACAGAGAAGCAUUGUAUAUUUUCCACAUUGUUGUAGACCCAGAAUUCAGCCCUUGUGAAAUGGAUAUUGUAUUUGCUCUUCAAACUUAUGGAAGACCUGUUCGAUAUAAAAUUCCAGUUUUUCCACUCUAUGGAGCAAUUAUAUUUGCCAAUUUAAUUUGGUUGAUAAUUUCCUACAUAGUGUACUGGAAAAAAUAUAGCUACGAGUCUACUGCACAGUACAGCUCUUAAAUACCAAUUGUUCCUACUAUGAUCACUUACUGUCUAGAUCCUGAAAUUUUAAACAUUUCUACUAUAUACUAGUGAAACAUUUUCAUUUGCUAAAAAUAAGAUAUUUGUUCAAAAGUGAAUUCUACUGUGUUAUUUGUUUUUACAAUCAUUCUAAUACACAGGGACUAAAAAAUGAUGAAUAUUACUGAAAAUAUAUAAGAGUUGAUGUUUUAAUAUAAUUUUAUAUGCUUUUCAGGAGAGUUAUUCCUUUGCCUUAUAUUCAGCCACAAACAAAGGCACACCAACCCCUAAUAUUUACGAAGAACCUUGUAUUGCUUACUUACUAGUUAGUGCAACUUGAAGUGUGCAUAUACUACUGUUAAUUUACAUUAAAUGUAGGUUUUAUGUGUUUUAAUGUUGGUUUUCAUAUUUAUGUAUUUUCAAACCAAAGUAGUUUUUACCUGUUCUUUUUUAUGCACCUUCAGAUUGUUAUUGUUCAUACCUUUUUAGAAAAAAAAAUGAAAGAAUAUGUACACUUCUAAAAGUGUGCAGUGUUCAUCAAACCUGUCAAUUUUAA